AUGGACGCACGCAAUGGCGGUGUACCUAUCCACUUGGUCGAACCGCCCAUCCCAUACGAUACAUCGGAAUCAGGCUUGGAUGGUGCUCCAAAGGAGGUGCCUUGGUCGCAGCGCUCAUGGCUGUACGAGCUUCGACCGUUUCGUGGCAUGUGGUCGGACGUGCGUCGUCGACUUCCAUACUAUAAGUCUGACUGGGUAGACGCUCUUUGGCCAUGCAAUUGGAUGACUGUGGGGACAAGUGUCGUUCGUAUCUUUUUCAUCAACUUGAUGCCUGCGCUGGCCUAUGUGCUCGAUAUGACAGAACGGACAGACCACAGCUACGGCGUGAAUGAAGUGAUCCUGGCUUCGGCUUUAGCCGCCAUUGUGUUUGCUGUGUUUAGCGUGCAGCCACUUACCUUUGUGGGCGUCACAGGUCUCACUGAUUUAAUGAACUAUACGAUCUAUGACAUCUUCCACAAGCACUACGGAUUUGACCAAAUGCACUACUUGCGCUUGCAAGCUUGGGUCCUGAUCUGGGCCGCUGGCUUCCAUUUUCUGGUCGCGAUUUUCAAUAUCUGCGACUUUACGCGAUUCAUCACAGAGAUGAUCUCCGAUACUUUUGGCUUGUACGUCGGUGUGAUUUAUAUCGAAAAGGGCAUCGAGCAACUGAUCGCUGAGUUUUCACUGCCUGGCCACGAUAAUGCGACUGGAUGGCUGUCUGUGACGAUCGCCAUUCUCUUCUGCGUUACCGUCUACUUUGCUACCCUGGUGGGGUCCUCGACCUAUCUGCCAUUCCACGCUCGCCGCCUCAUUGGCUCCCUUGCGUUCGUGGCAGGGUGCCUGUUUUGGACGGGCUUCUCCCACUUUCCCCAGCACUCCUUGAAAGAAGUGCCUAUUUCACGUUUGCCUAUUACACGCAGCUUUUUUCCUACUCUUGACCGUGGCUGGUUUGUGGACUUUUGGGAAAUCGAAGUACGCUGGGUCUUUAUUGCGGCGCCUUUAGGGCUGAUGAUCAUGCUUCUCUUUUACUUUGACCACAACGUGUCGAGUGUGAUGGCGCAGGCGCGCAAGUUCCCUAUUUCCAAGCCGGCCGGAUUUCAUUGGGACUUUUUUUUACUGGGCAUUACGACCCUGCUCUCUGGAUUUCUGGGCCUGCCUGUCCCGAACGGCCUCGUUCCUCAAGCACCGGAUCAUACAGACUCUUUGUCUGUCUAUCGCCAGAUUCCCGUGCACGAAGAGGCUAAGGCAGCCGAGGGCCAGGCGUCGACGGAGCCCCUUCAUCACACGUCAGGCAACGCGUCCAUCUUGCACAUCUCGCAUUUCCCGCGCGUGCACAACGUGCGUGUGGUUGAGCAGCGUCUCAGUCACCUGGUCAUUGGCCUCUUGACGCUAGGGGCCAUGACACGACCGAUUCUCGUGUCGCUCGGUACGAUGCCACGUGCGGUCUUUGCAGGCGUGUUCUUGCUUGUCGGGUGGGCCUCGGUCGAGUCGAAUCCCAUCGUGACACGCACAUUGUCGCUUCUGCAAGACCGAUCUGCCCUGGAUCCACGCGUACGCAUACGACUCUCGCGCUGGACACUGAGUAAGUUUGUUGGCAUUCAGUGGCUGUUUUUUGGCCUGACCAUCGCCAUCUCGCAAACCAUCGCAGCGAUCGGCUUUCCUAUCAUAAUCACUCUCAUGAUCCCAUGCCGGACGUUUAUUGUGCCUUGGCUGUUUACGAAGGAGCAGCUAGAUGCAUUGGACGCGCCUACCGCUGAUGCUCCUGCCGUGAUGGUAUCGUUAGGCCCCAACGAAGAUCAAACCAAGUCGUCAUAA